UUUUGUUAAAUCCUUCUUCUUCUUCGUUUAUUCCUUGUUUGUUCGUUCGUCCGUCCUCCGCAACAACUCUCUUCUCCACGAAGAAGCGAGAGGAAUCAAAACCUCAUACUCCGUUCCUGAUCGGAUUUUCCUUCCCUCUUCUAUGGCUGACAUCUUCCUCUGAAUCCGGGAACUCGAUUGAGCUGUGAUUAUUUGGUUUCCUUAUUGCUUUCUCGUAGAUAUAUCCUGAUUCGAUUCGGUAUUUGAUGGGUUAAUAUCUCGUUUUAUUAGUAGAUUUCGUGGAGGAUGAGGGAUUGAAUUGUAGAAGGCGAAAUUACUGAACUAGGGAUUCGAAGAAUUAUGGAUGGUAAUAAGGAUGAAGCCUUAAGGUGUCUGGGAAUCGCUGAAGACGCCGUUGCCUCUGGUGAUAAGGGACGAGCCUUGAAAUUUAUCCACUUGGCUAAGCGGCUUUAUCCGAGUUUAUCUGCUGAUGAUCUUGUUGCUGCCUGUAACAAGCUUGAUCCUGUUUCAAUUAACUCCUCUCUUGAGGGAAUUCCAGAAAGCGUUGGUGGUGAUAAGCUUGAGCCCGAUAAGGUUGACGAGAAAAGCGAAAAUGCUGAGUUGAUUAGGCGGUUAAGAAGGAGCGAUGACUACUACGCGAUUUUGGGCGUGAAGAAGAGUUGUUCCGAUGAGGAGAUUAGAAAAGCUUAUAGGAAAUUGUCGUUGAAAGUUCACCCCGAUAAGAACAAGGCCCCAGGUUCAGAGGAAGCGUUUAAGAAAGUGUCGAGGGCGUUCACAUGUUUGAGUGAUGUUAACUCGAGGAAGCAGUAUGAUCAGGUCGGUCUUGUCGAUGAGUUUGAUCAUAUCAAGAGGCGAUACCGUAGGCCGAGGAGGAGAAGGAAGAAUACUCAAACUGAUUUCUUCGCAGAUGAUUUCGACCCUGAUGAGAUAUUCCGGGAAUUUUUUGGUCAAGGAGACACAUUCCGUGCUUCUCAUGGUUAUAGAAAUAGACGAACACGUCAUCAACCCCCGCAAGAGGAGGACGGACCUAGUUUCUUGACACUUCUUCAGAUAUUACCGUUCUUGUUGCUUUUCUUGCUGGCUUAUCUACCUUUCUCUGAGCCCGACUACGCUCUGCACAAGAACCAGUCUUACCAGAUACCGAAGACAACCCAAAAUCAUGGGAUUGAUUUUUACGUCAGAUCAUCUGCCUUUGAUGAGAAGUUCCCUCUCGGUAGCUCGGCUCGAUUCAACAUCGAGGAUAGCGUGAUUAAGGACUACAGGAACUUUCUUUUCCACUCGUGUCGGGUAGAACUCCAGAAACGGCGGUGGAACAAGAAGUUGCCAACCCCUCACUGCAAUGAAUUACAAGGUAUGGGGUUUGUUGAAAGGGUAUAAGGCUGAAAAAGAAGCCUAGAACUCAUGUUACCUCGACCAAAUCCUUAACCCGAUAUGAGCUCAGAGUCUCAGAUUAUGCUGCAGCGUUGGAGAAUUCAGAUCGGGUUCUGAUCAGCGUUUUUUUUUUCCGGGGCGGACUGGAAGGAAGACGGGUUCUCACCGAGGCCAAGAAAUCAGGCCGUAGACGAGCGGUGCGUAAAGCUUUUGUAUGACAAUCAAAUCUAGUCUUCUUCAUUCGUACGGUUUUGGAGAUCAUAACAAAGGGUAUUGAGAACAAAACCACCUCUUGUUACACACACAUAUUACAAUCCCAUUGUAUGGUGCGUUGUUUUUGUAAUGUGCAUCGUCUCAUAAAGCAUACAUUUCCUCCAUUGGGAUUUAACUCCAAUGGAGGAUCCGAUGUAAUACAAGAAAAAGGGCGGAAGUUGAUUCAACAAGAAAUCUUCUUUGCAUGGG